AUGGAAGAAUGUGAGGCUCUUUGCACAAGACUGACCAUCAUGGUCAAUGGCAGCUUCAAGUGUCUUGGUUCUCCUCAGCACAUUAAAAAUAGGUUUGGUGAUGGUUAUACGGUCAAGAUUUGGCUCUAUAAAGGAACAAAUCAGCACAGCGCUAUUUCUGACUGCUUGAAGCUCCAUUUUCCAGGAAUCCAAUUUAAGGGACAGCGCCUUAAUUUAUUAGAAUAUCAUGUGCCAAAAAGGUGGGGAUGCUUAGCCGACCUGUUCAAAGUUCUAGAAAAUAAUAAGACCUUCUUGAAUAUCAAGCAUUACUCCAUUAACCAAACCACUUUGGAGCAGGUAUUUAUUAAUUUUGCUACUGAGCUGCAGCACACUCCACAAUCUACUCUCAAUCCGUCCGCUGACUGUCAUCACCCACAUCACCUACCCAUAUAA